AUGAAAAAAUAUACAAGCAAUUAAUAACUGAGAAAAUCUAAUGUGCCUUUAGGGAGAUAUAGGCUAUUUAAGCAUACUGAAAUAGACAGAGCAAAUUUAUUCGAAGGGUUGCCUUAUGUUUAAUUUGAUGCAUUUAUAAGAAGAGAUAGGACUAUGUAACAUGUUGUCAUUAGAGAUUUAUUAAAAAUAAUAAUGGAGAAAUGCAACUAGCUGAAAAACUUGCUGCUUGACAAAUUUAGACUCAAAAAGAUCUUUUUAUUGAUGGAUUUAAUGGAACAACCUAAAAAAAAGGGAAUGUUUAAUUAAAGAUUGGAAGACACUAUAGUGCUAAUAGAUUAUAUAGGUUCUAUCAUUUUAUAGGAAUUCAAAAAGAACCCUGAGUAGAUUGGACUCAAGUAGUCCCCUAUCAAGCAUUUAUAGGAGGCUAAUCCGGAAUAUAUAGAUCCUCAUUAUGAGGACAAAGUAUAUGAUAAAAAUGUGGAUUUAUUUAAUGAGAUGCUCCAAUAUCUGAGGGAUCGAAUUGAAUUAUAUAUGCUAAUGAUGAGGUAGGCUGGUCAUAAGAUAUUGGAUGAUAUAUAAUGCAUGAGUUUUUUGAAGGAUGUUACGGCAUUACGUUACAACUUAUUGUAAUUAAGUGAGGACAUCAGAGUCUUAGAUGCUAAUUCUGAGGAGAACUUAAAAUUGAUUAAGUUGACUCUUUAAAAAUUUGAAACAGUCAGGGAUAAAAGGAUUGAAAAGUUGUCUCCAGAAAAGAAGAGUGAAGAAUAAAAGAUUGAAGAUAAGAAACUCGAAGAGAAGAGAAAGAAAAUUGAUUAUAUAGAGAAAAAUUUGAUUGGGAAAACAUUAUCCAACAUGGAUGAUUAGGCCGAAUCUGAAGUUUAAAAAAAACGAGCAUAAAGACUGAAUGAACUGUUAUAAUAGAAAUUCAAUUUUAAUAAAAGUUCCAUUGUUACUCGAGAAUCCAAAUUGAUUUUAAACUAAGACAAACUAGAAUAAGAAAAAGUUUUGCUUUUAGAAAGCAGUCAGAAAGCUUCAAAAAUUAAACAUAAUUUAGUUGAUAAUAGAAAGAGAUUAGCACUUGAAAAAUUAAAGGAUCCAACUAAAGAUCCAUAAUUACGUGGAGCAUUGGAAAUUAUGACAAGGGUUCUAAAUAUUAAUAUACAGGAUUAAUUUUAAGAAUGA